AAAAAAAAAAAAAAAGUAAGCUUCUAAAGGGGGGCACGCGCUUUUCAUCUCGGUUCCUGGCGAUGGCCUCCAGUCCCGUUAUGAUUGGCCCCCGACCUUCUUGCGUUAUGCAGUAUGAAAGCCGUGAUGAUGCUUUUGGGAUCAUCGGCCGAACCAAACAAAUAGGUGGUGUUCUUCAGCAUUACUGGGCGUUGGUAUGUAUCUCCCGUACACGCACACUGGAGCAGAAAUAGAAUAAAAUAUUAUUCAUUCAGAUCGGCACCAAGCCGUAUCCACCUCAAGAGCGAUUCUCGCACGGCCAGAGAGACGGGGAAAGCCACGUUGUGGAGCCGGAAGCGCGCUGAAGCCUGAAGGUGACCUUCGAGCUUUCGUUCGGUCGGGUUCGACUGGAGCCACUUGGGGGUUUUAGUGGAAACGUGCGAAGCUGUAGUAGUCUCCGUACACUAGGCCGCAAAGUCCUGAACCAUAAUAAAAGAGGCACCAGUCGUACGGUGUGGCUUUGGGAAGGAAUCCUUUUCUCCUUCUACAAGAGAAGCAAUUUGUAAAGUUGGAACUUCA